CUGAGCGAUCUUCGAAAGCGCAACAAGCUACCUUCUACCGAGGAGGCAUUCAGAUGGUCAAUCCAGGCAGCAGAGGGAUCUGCCUACAUGCAAGAGAAAGGUGUUAUUCAAUAUGAUAUACGCUGUCACAAGCUCCUUCUGGACAAGCAUGACAAUGUCAAGUUCUGCGAUUUCGGCGGGUCAUCAAUCGACGGCUCCGUUCCUCGAGCAGAGCCU